AUGGGGGAGCCCUCAGACCACCCCCCACCACCACCACCAGGUCCAAAACAGCCAGGGAAACUCAAAUCUGGGGCAGCUGGAAGGGUCCCUCCCCAGGUGAAAUCACCAGGACGGCGGCAGGCCAGCAGACCAGCCCCCAGCGUUGAGCGGGUAGAGCCAAGAGAGCCAGGCCCAGAGAGGGUCCCGCAGGCUCCUGGGCCCCCUGCGCCCCCUCCCCACCUUCCUGAGCCUCAAGACCUGCAGCGGCCCCUCCCUCUCCGCUUGCCCCGUUCCCUCCAGCACCUGGCUGGAUUCACUGUGACCUCUGCAGUGCCUGGCCCAGCCCAGGAGGGGCUGGGGCUCCACUCCCCACAUGGAACCGUGAGAGAGAACCUGAGGCCUCCCCCUCCUUCCUCCACCGCCCGCAGUCCCACCUCCACGGGAGUCCGGGCCCAAAACACUGCACUGCAGGCCACCUCUGAGGCCCCCCUGUCCCCUGUCCCCCUGGGGAGCUGCAAUGGCUGGGCAGAGGCGCUCCCUCCUGGAGACACCCAGCCUCCAGAGGAGGAAGCCACACAGAGGAAGGGCGAGGAGGGUGAGCAGAACGGGGAAAGAAACAAGGAGCCUCCUCCAACAGGGGCCGAAAGUCUGAAGGCGGGGGUGUCACUCGAGGCCUGGGGGAGGGGCGCUCCCAGGUUGGGCCUCAGGACUCCCUGCGCCGCCACUGCCGCCCCGUUUCAGCACAAACAGCCUCAGACCGCCCCGUCCCGGGGCCCUGGGGAGACCCCAGACCCUGGGGUGCCGUCCCAUCCCGCCUCCGCCAAGCGCCAGCGGGCGCCGUGGGCCGGCUGGAGACCAAGGCGACGCUGGGGCGCCACGGGAGCGGGACGCGGGGCCGGCCCGCGGGAAGGAGCUCGCACGGCUGGCGCUGCCCUCCCGCCCGGAGACCGCGGGGACUGGGGCACAGAACGGCCCGCGCCCCCGCCGGCCCUGCCUCUCCGCAGAGGGGGCGCACUGACGCCACGGUCCCCACCUGAGCGCGGGCUCGACCCCCAGCCGGGGAACCCGGCACAACCCCAGGCACGGGGACACUUUCCCCCGGGCCCGCAGAAGAGCCGCUGCCCCACUCCCAGUCCCAGCCCCGAAGGGAGACCCUCUACCCCGGGUCCCGCGUCCUCCAGCCCCGAGACUUCCGAUCCACCGGCCCUCCUCUGGGCAGCGCCGAGCGCGGGAGCCAGCCAGAGGCCACCUCCCGGAGCCCCGGAGUCCCCGCCGCAGCUCGCGCCCCCGAGGCCGGAGGGCGCCGUCCCCUCAGCCCGUUCCCCGCGGGCCACAACUCACCGCGCGCCGGCGAGCGCUCGGAGGCGCAGGGAGGCGGCGGCCGGAGGCUGGCGGCUCGCGGUGGCCGGAGCCCGGGCCGCGGCGGGCGGUUCUGACGCUGCGGACCGAGCCCGGCGAGGAGCCGCCCGGAGUCCGGGACGCAGCGGGGAGGAGCUGGCGGUCGCCCGGCCCGGGCUGCCUCCGAGCGCGCGGCGGGCGGCUGCUGCUCCGGCGAGAGCGAGCCGCCGAGCUAGGGAGCGGCGGGCGGCUCGGCUCCGUCCGCCGCGGAGCCCGGCGUCCGAGCGCUGGGGAGAGAGGGAACGGCUCCGCGAGCGGCGUCCGGCCGAGGGCUCCGCGCUGGGAAGGCGGUGGAGCGGGAGCCGAGCCGCGAGCGCCGCCGGCCGAGAUGCGGGCGCCCGGAGGCGCCGCGGCAGCCGCACGGCAGCAGGAGAAAAGGGAGAGCGAGCGAGAGGGCGCGCUGGAGAGCGAGGGAGCGAGAGAGGGAGCGGGAGACCGGAGAGCAGUGAAGACGCGAGAGGGGCGGGCUCCGGGAGCACGAGGGCCGAGGGGGCCGCGGCGGCUCAGCCCCGCGCCCACGGCCGCGGCCGCGCUCGGAAAGGCGCGGGCCCGGCCCGCCAAGUUUGCGCGGCAGUGGGGGCCGAGCGCGCGGCUUCCGCCAGCCUUUUAAAGAGGGAGCUGCCUGGGGCCCACCCCCGACCCCGCACCUCUCCGCCGCAAGGCUGGGGCUCACCCCGCGCCCCGCCGCCCCUCCGCACCCGCCCCGCCUUCUGCUCCCUCUCCCACCGCGCCCCACCGACGCCCUCUCCUGGAAGCCCCCUUCUCCCGCCACCCCCGAGGGUGGAUGUCUGCACCUCAACCCGGAGGACCUAG